AUGGAUAAACUGACCAUCAUCUCAGGAUGUCUCUUUCUGGCCGCCGAUAUCUUCGCCAUCGCCAGCAUCGCCAACCCGGACUGGAUCAACACCGGGGAGUCCGCGGGAGCACUCACUGUGGGCCUCGUGCGACAGUGUCAAACAAUCCAUGGACGAGACCGGACGUGCAUCCCACCUCGGCUUCCCCCAGAGUGGGUCACCACACUGUUUUUUAUCAUCAUGGGAAUCAUUUCAUUGACUGUCACAUGUGGUUUGCUGGUGGCUUCCCACUGGCGGAGAGAAGCUACAAAAUAUGCUCGAUGGAUAGCAUUCACUGGAAUGAUCCUUUUCUGUAUGGCUGCCCUAAUAUUUCCGAUAGGAUUUUACAUCAAUGAAGUCGGAGGUCAACCUUAUAAAUUACCCAACAACACAGUAGUUGGGUCAUCAUAUGUACUUUUUGUCUUAUCAAUUUUCUUUACAAUAGUAGGACUUCUAUUUGCUGGCAAAGUUUGUUUACCGGGCUGA